UGAGUAUAUAUAAGUAUAUAAGGAAGUAUGUUUUCAUCUCUUUAUGUACAACAUACACUUAGCGAUUUGUUUUUCCUUGUGUUUUUUAUGAUUAAAUUUUGCAAAAUUCAUUGUGAAAAUGCUGGAAAAUAGUACAUAUUCAGUUUAUUGGCCGAAAUUAAACGGCAUGAAAAGGGACAAAAUAACAAGGUAUCGUGCAUCGUUUGGACCGAAAUCUUUUAUGGAAGGGGAACAUUUGAUUGUUUUUAAGGGCAAGGCGUUUAGUCAUGAAGAUUAUAUUCCGAGGCCUGUUGUUGUAAAGGGUAUGAGGUACUUCUGUGGAAAUAAAGAUGACUUUGAAAUGUAUAAACUUUGCAACGAACAAAGCCGGAAAAUAGCCAUUCAAUUCAAUAAGCUGUCCACAACCUUUUCUAGCAAGCUACGUUUUGUUGUCCCUGCUGUUACACAAAUUGACACUAGAUCUGGCGUAACCUUCGGCAAGAAGUUUAAGAAAGAUGAAUCUGUGGCCUUUGAGGAAAAACUUGAAGGAAAUUUUACCACUUUUAUUGACAAGAGGGGAAAUACCUAUUGUUUGAUUUUGGAGGCAUUCAGCCACUUUUCUUUUGUCAUUUCGGAAGGAAAUUUUGUAAUUUGUGGUCUGAAAGGUGUUUAUAGAAAGGACAAAUCAGAAUUCAUCCUAACCAACCCGACAAUACAUUCGAGAGAAGGUAAAUUUGGUCCGAAAGACAAGCGAGAUCCGGGAAUAAGAGAUGUUACGGAUAACCAUACUUGCAAUAAGUUUUGCCAAAUGUUUUUAAAUAAACCAUCAAAAAUUACCAAUGGACCAGACGAGAUUUGAAUGAAUCAAUUACAGCUUAAAUCUUCAUAGUAAGAGGUUUUAUCUUAAUAUGGAAUGUUAUUUUCCACCAGUACCCACAGGAGGGUAAUCAUCAUACAUCAGUGAAGAAGUUAUGCACACUGUUGAAAAGCCUGAAAACUUCAUUUUGUACAUAAAAUGUAGUCAAGUGCUAAAAACAUCAUACUGAUUAAUAUGCACACAUGGGCAGUCUUUGAAAAGAGACAAAUCGCAUUUAACUAAUCACCUAUGUAUAAUCAUCUUGUUGGUUUGGCUAGCGUUAAAGUUUAGACGGUGUUUAAGAGGGAGAUGUCUGAGUAGACAGUGGUAUUAAGUUAGAUGAAGCUAGUUUGGGAGGUGAGACAUAGUCGUGGCUAUGAGAAAAGAGAAACGAAACAAUUUCUUCAUGAUAUUUUAUUUUCUUUUUUCCAAAGGACAUUGGCGGAUUAUUUCAGUUGAAAAAGGUGCAGUUGUUUCAGGAGAAACACAUUGUUUUCACAAAUUAUAUACAUGUACUUAUCUUAUCAAAUAGCACACAGUAUUGUUAAGCUUUAUAGAGUUUGGAAAGAAAUAUAAUGAAUGAAAACU